AUGUAUUCAUCCCUCCUAAUUCGCAGAUCCAAACUUCUUUGUGACUUAACAUUCCUCAAGUCAUGUAGAGACAACAAGGUGAUUCCUACAAAUUUUCGAUUGAAACACCCAGAUGGUUCACCUUCAACCGUGAACAUCCUCGCAAAGUGCAGUAAUGCCUUAAUCCGGAAAACCAUCCACAACAUCAGACGAAAUCUAGAUACAACCAACUCGUCACUAUAUCAUCAUUUUGGAAUUUUAUGGCUUGGUAACAUUCAUCCUAUUAUCUGGGACACUUAUCUUAGAAUCUCUAUCGAAAAGGCAGAUCAUAUAAGUGCAAAAAAGACCAAUACCCAGAAGAACAAACUGUUUUUCCUUCUCCAACACAAAAUCCCACCCAAACAAACAUCCAACCCCCCUGUCCAAAUACACAAUCUCUCCGAUACCCUCAUCGAUGAAACCACUCGAGAGCUUCUAUUUAAAGGAUUCAAUUUUUGUAUCACCCCACACAAACUACCGACCGAAACUAUCAUAACUCAGGUGGAAUCCGCCAUAUCACACCUCCCCCCAACCGAAGCCGAGGAAACACGUCAAGACAUUGACAGCACCCUAAGGAGAGCCAAACUUCCUCCAUCAAACAUCUCACGUUCUGAAAGAAUAUGCCUCAGAAAUUUCCAUAAUAAUACCGGUAUCAUUGUCCUUCCAGCCGACAAGGGUGACGCUACGGUUAUUCUCAAUACCUCUGACUACGUGGAGAAGACGUCAUCCCUACUGAAGUCUUCAGAAUACAAAACCACCCCGCAGGACCCUACAACCUAUCUCGAAAAGAAAACCAAAGCUCUCAUCACUGCCUCGAAGCUUCCGAUAGAAAUCAGAAAAUCUCUCAUCCCAAGGGAAAAAUCUUCUCGAACCCCUCGAAUCUACGGAUUGCCUAAAGUUCACAAACCGGACAUCCCUCUUCGUCCAAUUGUCAGUGCCUUUGGAUCCCCAACUCAUCAUCUUGCUAAAUACUUAGCUUCUACACUUCAACCACUUGCUGAAGAAUCAUCAUUGCAUGUAAAGAAUUCUUUUCACUUCAUCAAAACCUUAAAAACGUAUCAAAUCCAUGAGUCAGACAUUCUUGUCAGUUUUGACGUCGUAUCUCUCUUCACCAAUAUUCCACUCGAAGAGUCCCUUGAAAUACUGGAAACCAAACAUCACAUACCCCAGAAUACAUUGACCUUUAUAAACCAUUGCAUGUCGAACACGUACUUCCUCUUUCAAGGUACAUUUUACAAACAAGUGAAAGGUGCACCCAUGGGAUCUCCACUUUCUCCAGCCAUCGCUGAUAUUUACAUGGAUGAUUUUGAAACCAACGCCAUCGAAUCGUUUCACCUUAAAUAUACUUGCUGGCUUCGAUAUGUGGACGAUGUCUUCGUCAUAUGGCCACAUGGACCCGAAACUCUCCAAGACUGCUUUGAUCAUCAGAAUUAUAUAAAUAGCCAUAUCAAAUUCACUAUGGAAGUUGAAACCAACAACUCACUUCUUUUUCUAGAUAUCCUCGUAGCAAAAUCCAACGAUUCGUUCACACACAUAAUUUACAGAAAGCCAACCCAUACAAACCGCUACCUGAAUGCAAAUUCACACCAUCAUCCUUCUCAAAUCAACUCCGUAUUGAACUCCUUAAUCCCAUAA